CGGUGUUCAUUCUGCCAAACUACAAUAAUAGUAUAUCACUCUGGCUGGGACCGACACCGGUUUCAGGCAAACGCAACAAUCGUCGGUUCCAAGAAGCUUGCAAUAAUGUCGGAUGAUGGUGAUUUACCUUGGAGGUUUUCUGCAGAUCAAGGAUUAGAGGAUCAAUUGUUCGAUAGAGAUCGACACAUAAGGUACCUCGAGAUGAAUUACCACCUAUUGCCAUCUCCGUACGAGGGUCAAGAGAUCAUCCGUCUUACUCUCGCCUACUUCACCAUAUCCGGCCUCCACAUCCUUGAUGCACUCGAUCGUGUUGAUAGAGAAGCUGUUAUCAAUUGGGUCCUGUCAUUGCAAGCUCAUCCUAAGAAUGAAGCUGAACUGAACAAUGGACAAUUCUACGGAUUUCAUGGUUCCAGAAGUUCUCAGUUUAAAUCUCUUGAUAAUGGGGUUUCUGUUCCCAAUAACAGUCACUUGGCAAGCACAUAUUGUGCCUUAGCCAUAUUGAAGACUGUUGGCUAUGACUUUUCACUUAUCGACUUUAGUUCAAUUUUGAAGUCAAUGAAAAAUCUUCAACAACCUGAUGGGAGUUUCAUGCCCAUUCAUACAGGGGCAGAGACGGAUUUACGGUUUGUAUAUUGUGCUGCUGUUAUAUCUUCUCUGUUGGAUGAUUGGAGUGGCAUGGAUAAAGAGAAGGCCAAGAACUACAUAUUGAGUUGUCAGUCAUAUGAUGGGGGCUUUGGACUAAUUCCUGGUCAAGAGUCUCAUGGUGGUGCAACUUAUUGUGCUGUUGCAUCUCUGAGGUUGAUGGGAUUGAUUGAAGAUGACCUAGUUUCUCGAUGCACAUCCUCUUCCAUCAUAGAUGUGCCAUUGCUUCUAGAUUGGUGCUUGCAGAGGCAAGCAGAUGAUGGAGGGUUUCAAGGAAGACCUAACAAAAUUAGUGACACGUGUUAUGCUUUUUGGGUUGGUGGAGUUCUGAGGAUCUUAGGAGCUAACAACUUCAUUGACGAAAUAACCCUGCGCAAAUUUUUGCUGACAUGCCAAUCCGAGUAUGGUGGUUUCAGCAAAUUCCCUGGCCAACUACCGGACCCUUAUCAUUCGUAUUAUGGAUUUACAGCAUUCAGCAUGUUGCAAGAAACCGGUCUCAACUCUUUCAACGUAGAAUUGGGUAUAAGCACCGUCACACUGUGAUCCAUCUGCACAUGCUUUUUCAGGUCAUCCUGUGUCAUUUAUCGUGUAACUUUAUUACACCCAUUUACCAAUGCGCACCAUUGCCUCGUGCAUCAGGCAGUUUGUAUGUUAUAUUUUAUGUGCAUACCUGGCCUUCAUUUCAUGAAAUUGAAAGGGGCUCUUGCAUCAUCUUAAGCCCGUAAAAUUUAGCAGAACACUGCUAUCAUGAUUUGUGUCACAUGCAUGACGAAUUGUACGUGAUACUAUAUUCGAGUUUCUGUAGACCUAAUCAGUCAUAUGGUUGAAUACCAUCACAAAAAAAGGGACAAUGAAUUGACAUGAGGUCGUGUUUG